CCUUUAGCUAGACAGAAAAGUUCUCCAAGUCCCCACCCCUCCCAGAAGCCCAGCGGGCUUCACCUCUCCCUGGCCCUGGCCGGGGGACUUUGCGGCACCUAGUCCAGGCACUUCGGCAGCCCAGAGAGACCUCGUCCCAGACAAUCAAGAGGAAAAGAGGGGAAGCGAGAAAGAUACAGAGACCUGCUAUGGUGGCCAACACGGGAAUGGCGGUCCACGUACGGGAUUCAGUCUCAGAUCGAGCUCAGCAGGCACUGGCCGGCCUCGCCAAGGGCGGGGCUUGCCGAGCUCCGCUCACCUGGAACCCCAGCCCCUGCGGCCCGUGAGCGCUGCGCGCAGCCCUGGCUCCCGCCCGCGCCUCUCUCCACACUUCCGGGAGCCGGCUCCUGCCUCCACCAGUCCCAGAGAGGGGCCCCCACGGCGCAGCGGCGGGGCUGAAGGGCUUCUCAGGCGCGGCCAGAGCGGACCCCGAGGCCGAGGAGGCGCCCAGAGCCGGCGAGGGCUGCUAGCAAGCCGUCAUCUCUCACCAGGAGCCGCAACUGCUGGUCCUGCCUUCGCGGCUUUGCUUUGACUUUCAGGUGGAGACGCGCUGACCUGCCCCAAUAUCUAUUGUUUGCUAAAUUACUCCAAGAUAUAGUCAAGGGCAAACACCCAUUUAUAAACACAAAUCAUGUCAGGUUUUCAGGACCAGCACAAACAAUGAAGUAAACCGCACCCUCCUUGGAAUAUGUGGCAAGUUUGUGAGGAUUUCAUGAACCCGUCCUGCAUUUCCAGAUCCACCCUGAGGCCUGUCCCUGGAUACAGUCCUGUGGAUCAGCCUGUACUCAGUCGAUUUUACCUUCUGUGUCUGUUUGUCACAGUCCUCUUGUCCUACUGCUUAUCACUGCACGUUCCCAGCUCCAGCAAGUGGCCUACGCUUUUCCCUCCACAGCCACAGGCCCGACACCCGAGCCCCCCGGUGGCAGGUGGCCCUUCCAUGGCUGAGGUCACACACACAGCCUCGCACGCUGCCCUUCUCGGGGCCUCGGGCACCUUCGGCUCUCCUCCAGGGAUUGCACUUGUUCCUGCUGCCCACAGAGGUUUCCUUCCUGUGAUGACACUCGGAGGGGGCGCUUUUCUUUCCUGGCUUCGACCAUCACAGAGCUGCUUUGUAUUCGCCAGCAGCUGCCACGCUUCCCUGAAAAGGCGGCUUCCGUUCUGCUGGAGAUGGACUGAUUCGUCUGGCGGCCAACUUAAACAAGGAGGCAAGAAGACAGUGUAGACUGGGCUCCCAAAUACAUCUACAUGGAUUUAAUGGACAAGACUGGCUCUUCAGGACAUUACUAUGGACCAGACGGGUGGGCUUCCAGGUCAACAGCAUGGCAAGGAACUUCCUAG